AUGCCGGGCCGUUUAAUCCCCAACUUUGUUCGGGGCUCUGGCUCCCUGCACUCAUCUCUCGCCUCGACACCGGCUCACUCCAAUUCCUCCUCAACUACUUCCGUCAACGAAAUUCCAGCACACCCAGUAGGCAAGAAGUCUGCGCAUGCCACCCCGGAUCGUGCCCGCUCCCCAGAGCGUCGCCUCUCAUUCUCCAUGGACCAUUUAAUCCACCCUUACCGGGACCACAGCAAGGACAAGGAAAAGCGUCGCAGCCUCGGCCGCGCCGGUCGAUCCAAGGAACGCAUCAGCAAGGAAGAGAUGGCUCUGCCUUCAGCCAAGCUUGACGUUCUGGUGGAAUCCCCACCUCUGGUCUGCUACGGCAACCCCUCCACCUCCACCGGCGCUUUGUUCUCGGGCCGUCUGCGUAUCGCCGUGGCAGAACUGGCUCAUGAGGUGACUUUGGACCAAUUCGACGUGCGUCUCGUUUGCAAGACAUCGACAAAGAAGCCCGUGUCCAGCCACUGUUCCAACUGCGCCACUCGCACUGAUGAGCUUACUCGCUGGAACUUUCUUACCGAGAAACUCAAGCUCGCCCACGGUGACCACGACUUCCCCUUCAGCUAUCUCUUCCCCGGCCACUCGCCCGCUUCGUGCGAUGGCGCUCUUGGCAAGGUGGAGUACUUCCUGCUCGCCCAUGCUCGCAGCACUACCGGCGAGGAGUUCAGCAUCAAGCUGCCUUUGAACCUCCGCCGCGCUCUACUUGCCGGAAACGACAAGUCCUCCAUUCGCAUUUUCCCUCCCACCAAUCUGACGGGCCGCAUCUGGUGCACCCUUAUCGGCAAGUUCCCGGUGGAGAUGACCCUGAGUGGGGUCGUCGACAAGGGCGAUGAGACUCAGACUCGCUGGCGUCUGCGCAAGAUGAUGUGGCGCAUCGAGGAGCACCAGAAGAUUGUCUCCACCGCCUGCCCGAAGCACUCUCACAAGAUCGGCGGCGAGAACAAGGGGGUACUCCAUCAGGAGACCCGUAUCAUCGGCCACAACGAAGAGAAGACUGGCUGGAAGACCGACUUUGACACCGCGGGCGGUGAAAUCGGUAUGCAGUUCGAGGCUAGCAUUAACCCCACCACCAACCCGGUAUGCGACAUGGAGGCCCCUGGUGGCCUCGAAGUCAAGCACAAUCUCGUCAUUGAGCUCAUCGUGGCUGAGGAAUUCUGCCCCAACCGCAACACCCGUCUGAUCACCCCGACUGGUGCCGCCCGCGUGCUCCGUAUGCAGUUCAACCUCCACGUCACGGAGCGCGGUGGUCUCGGUAUCAGCUGGGACGAGGAGAUGCCCCCAGUUUACGAGGACGUCCCCGCCAGCCCUCCCGGCUACACUAAACUCGACGACACCGCCAGUGUCAUGGAAGACUACCAAGGCUCCCCUCUGCCUCUGCCAGAGUACGAUGAGCUGGAGCGAUUGGAUUCGCUACGCCUGGACAGUGACUCGACUCACUCGUCCGCCCCGUCCUCCUCCCGCGGACGUGUCCGCUUCACAGUCGACGAUCUUGUUACCGACCACACCCCUCCUCCCUCUGAACCCGCUUCUCGCGCUCCCUCUCGCACUCCCUCCGUCGACUCAUCGCGCCAAUAA